AUGGAGCUCGCGCCCAUCCUGCCGAUCCAGCCUGUCUUUGACGUCGCCGGGAAUGAAGCUGCAACCAUCCCGAGAACCUCGAUCAACGAUUUCUCGCUCGAGGACUGGAUCUCGUUUGACACUCAGACAUCAGACUUUGAUCCGGAACCGGCGCUGAGGGCGGAGGGAAUGCAGAUGGACGAGCCGAUGGACAGGCUUGACUGGAUCGCGGCAUGCAUGCUCGACUUUCCUGGGCAGUGGGACAGGUGA